GCAGUGGAUAGGAAGUGCCGGGGAGCACAGUCACUACAGAUGGAGUCGGUGCGACUCAGGGGCAGAAAGACCUCAAACUGGGCAACAGGAGCAGACUCCCCACGCCUGGAGUCCGCGUAUCCACUCCGUUAAGUAUCCAAGUCUUUCUGAAGACCAACAUCUUGAGGAUAAGCGUUUAAAAGAAAGCAACUCCAGAGUCCACAGGUGAGUGUCAAAUCGAAACUUUCUCUGGGAGGAAAGCUGAGAUGGUAUUUCCCUCCAGUGCAGCCAGAGUCGCUUCAAAGCGAAAGGACGCUGCUUAAAUUUUUUUCUUUCAAUUCCACGUCGGACCAUGUGCUUUUCUCUGCCGUCUAUGAUCCUCAGUAGUUCAGGCUCAAUGUGCAGGAUGUGGUGUUUUCUCAGACAACCUGAUUGGAUGCGGUGGGCUGUGUGUGUGGGGCAUACCGCGUUCCUCUUUUAUAUGUAACCCAGCAACUGUCCCAGUGAAUGACCAGUUGAACAAAUCCCAUUAAUGACACCAUUAUUGAAAGUGAGGAACUCUGUGGACAGCACAGCCUGCUGUAUUCCUGCCGGCAGAGUGACUAAAUAGCACUUUAGUUCAAAGUUUCACCGAUAAAAGUUGUAAUUUUCGGCCGUUUUGUGGAUAAUAUUUAAAGAAUUAGUUGUACUCAUUGUUUGAAAUGUCUGUUUAGACAGUAACGCCGUUUAACUUAGAGGUCAAAAUGGUCUAAAUAAGUCUCGUUUUGUUAUCUUUACUGCAGGUAUGGAUUCUGACACGCAGAGGAACUCUCUGCGCACGCGCAUGGGGGUGUCUCCUCCUUCUACCUGAGAGGAGCUCACCUGGGUCCAACGAGACGGAAGUUCCCUGACGCAAAUCUUUUUUUCUUCAUGAAAAGUGUCUUUGGAGUUCGAGAAACUAUUCCAGGAUCUAAAAUGGAGACAAUAUGCUGUUUGUGGAUCAGUAUAACAUCAAUUUAACAGACUUUACUCACCAAAACCUGUGACUCGCGACUCAUGGUAGGCUACGUGGUCUUUUACUCUGAAGGAAUCCGGGGCAGGGAUUGAUGACUGUUUUUUGUCAGCAGUUUUUAACCAAUUGUUUUACAAAUGUCAGCAGAGUAUAAUAAAUUUAAAUUCAUCAAGUUAAAAAGUUUAACAGCUCACCUUAAGUACAGGUAGCUUAUCAUAUUAUUGUGACAGGAAGAGGCUCAAGACUCACCUUUUUAACCAGGCUUUUCAAUGACUGCCCUUUCAUAUUUCUCUUAUUGCAAAUGUUCAUUUUAAUCAAAGUUCUUAAUGUUUCUUUUAUGUCAUUUUAUUAAUUAUUGUUCUUGGUCUUAUUCUUAAUUCCCGUCAUAGAGGUUUUUACUUCUUUUACCCCUUUUACAUGGUAAAGAGCUCUUAUUUAUUUGUUCUUUUAAUAUGAUUUUCUUGUUUUAGUCCAUCAGGUUUUAGUCUUUCUUUCUACCAUUAAAUUUUUUAUCUUAUAUCUCCAGUGUUUCCUAAAGGUAGCUCUUUCCCCACAUAAUGCCUCGCUGUCAGGCCAUGUCUCUUUAACGAUAUCUUAAAUUCUCACUUUGAUUGCUCUUGUGUGUGUGUGUGUGUGUGUGUGUGUGUGUGUGUGUGUGUGUGUGUGUGUGGGUGAGUGAGGGUGGGUGCGUGUGGGUCUGUGUGUUUGUGUGGGUCCAUGGGUGGGUGUGUUGGUGGGAGGGUCAGGUUUUAUUGUCGUUUAAUCAUUGCUUUUAGCCUCUGUGAGGCACUUUGAAAUACAUCUUUUUGUCUGAAAAGUGCCAUACAAAUAAAGUUGAAUUUGAAUUUGACAUGGUGAGCAGAGUAUACUCAUGUUGGCUAUAUCUUAUAUACCUAAAAUUUCCUCAUUACUCUGAUCUGAUUUAUUGAUAUAAUAAAAUCCUUUUUAUUUGUUCUAGCUGAAUCUCAGUCCAAAGCACUCCUCCUCUCUGUUUAAGAAGAAUGACAGCUCUCCGCAGAGUCCUCCGAAGGCGCCUGCACCCACUAAAACUGGCGAUAGUGGCCCUCAUUUUUGUCACAUUUGUGUUCCUCAUACAACGGGAGGUUGGGAGCCAGAACCAACAGGAGGACCCAUGGCUGAAGGAGAUAGCUGUCAAGCGGGACUCCAUGCUGGGCAUGGUAAUGGGAGCUGUCAAUAACUUCAAGGAUGCUAUACCAAAGAUGCAGAUCAAAGCCCCUGUGCGUAAGCAGGAUAGUAGGGAUGGUGCAUCCUGUCUGCAGGGUCACUACACUGCAGCCGAGCUCAGGCCGGCCCUGGAGCGGCCGCCCCAGAACCCUCUUGCUCCUGGAGCAGAUGGGAAGCCUUUCUACACAGACUCUUUGAGCCCUGAGGAGCAGAAGGAGAAGGAGAAGGGUGAGGAGAAACACUGCUUUAACCUGUUUGCCAGUGACCGCAUCUCUUUGAGUAGAAACCUGGGCCCAGACACAAGACCACCAGAGUAAGUUUCUGUGCAAAAUUAUUAUAAAUCUUAUUAAAUAAUGUUACAUUAAUUUUCCUAAUGAUUCAAUCUCAAAACAACAUUUAAUCACACCACCUAGUGGGUGCGAAUGCUACAUUGGUUCUGUACUGGAAGUUCUCCCCCCAUUAUUUCUCAAUGUACUGGCUCAGAAUAAAACUAAGUCACACACUGGAAAAUAUCACAGAGCAGCAGUACUACAAAUGGUUUAAUGAAAAACUGACUCGCCUAACCAAAACACAUUCAUCAUGUUCACUUUUUGCAAAUAAUCUGCAGCAGAAACCACAGAGAUGACUGUUCUGACUGGGACUUUGCUUUAGCCUGCCUGCCCAGUUACUGUGGCCACUUCAGAGAGGAGCACAGUUAUGUUUGGCUGAUGAUAGUACAUGGAAGUCCAAGUCCGUGUCAGGACAUAGUCAGUACCUGACACAGACAUAAAGCCUGUCCAUGUCCUGGCCAUCUUGCCAGGGUGAAUUACAAAGCCUGAUAUUGCAGGUAUUUGAAAGGCUGCCACACAUGCAGUGUCGCAGCAGAAAUGGACACCCCACUAGGGAGAGUCAGCAGAUGUAAUAACUAGACUAUUGUACCGCUCAGGAUCUGUGUUGGACAGUCACAUCUUUGUGCUCUUUUCACUCUCGUUGCUGCAGAUGCAUUGAGCAAACCUUCAAGCGAUGCCCCCCCUUGCCGACCACCAGUGUGAUAAUUGUGUUCCACAAUGAGGCUUGGAGCACUCUGCUGAGGACAGUAUACAGUGUCCUGCACACCUCUCCGGCCAUCCUACUCAAGGAGAUCAUCCUGGUGGACGAUGCCAGCGUGGAUGGUAAAAUUUUAAGAGGGGAUUGUCGGCCCUCAUUUGGGUUUGAUUUCAUGCAGCUUGUUGGGUGGGCAGCUCUUGAAAUGUGCAGACAGGAGCCCCCUGCUCCCUCUGUAGCCAAUGAAGUGGGUUACAGCAGGAAGUGAGGGGCUGCUGGUGAAUAGUUUCCAAAGAAGACUUAGUACUGGUUGUGCUUUUAAAAUGAAUCAGGGUGGAGCUUUCAAAUUGGAUUUAGGAGGGACACAGGAGAGAGAGGAUUUAGGGAAUGUUGUUCAUCUGACGCUGUAAACUUAGUUUUUUUUUAGUUAUUAUCAGCUACAGAUGGAGGUCUGCUUUAAUCCUGACAGAAGGACACACUAAAGAGGAAAAGAAGACACAUUUGUACUUUUGCAUCUGAUGAUUUAUUUAGCCAUGACCCUGUCUUUAUUACACUUCAAACAAGAUUCAAUCUGGUAUUGUUUCAUCUUUCCAUUCUUCAUGAAUUCUUUAAUGAUUUUGUCGUCUCUAAAUCUAUCUUUCAGAUAUGUUAAAAGACAACCUAGAUGAGUAUUUGAAGCAGCUAAACAUCGUUCAAGUCGUUCGCCAGCGAGAAAGAAAAGGACUAAUCACUGCUCGCCUGCUGGGUGCCUCCGUGGCCACCGGUGAAACCCUCACCUUCCUUGACGCUCACUGUAAGUCAACACACCUACCAGUUGCUUGCUUUAGGGACACACCCUCACUCACCUGGUGUUUGCCUUUGUGUGCCAACUGAAAUCAGCCAUUCAGGUGUUAUUGUUAAAGAACACGUCAUGAUACAAACCGCUACCUGUGUGUGUGUGCAGGUGAAUGCUUUCAUGGAUGGCUGGAGCCCCUGAUGGCAAGAAUAGCCGAGAACUACACUGCAGUAGUGAGCCCGGAUAUAACCACUAUUGAUCUCAACACGUUUGAGUUCAUGAAGCCGUCUCCGUACGGCCAGAACCAUAACAGGGGGAACUUUGACUGGGGGCUUUCCUUCGGCUGGGAGUCUUUACCAGAUCAUGAGAAAAAAAGAAGAAAGGAUGAAACGUAUCCUAUCAAGUAGGCAACAAUUGUACAGCAGUAAAAAACAUCAAAUUCUCAUAAACUCUUUAUUUCUUUGCUGAGAAUCCUGAUCACAUGAAAUCUAUGAAAUCUCCUAAUAGGACUCCCACAUUUGCUGGUGGACUCUUCUCCAUCUCAAAGGACUAUUUCUACCAAAUUGGGAGUUACGAUGAACAAAUGGAGAUCUGGGGCGGAGAGAACAUUGAGAUGUCUUUCAGGGUAAAGCAUCACUCCGGACAUAUGCUGUAUUUUUAGAUUUUGACCUCACACCUUUUGUAGUUGUUGAUUCAUCUCAGUGUCUACAACUGUUUAAUAGGUGUGUCUGAGUACACCUCAUUGUACAUCUGUCUGUGCUCACUGCUAUUUACCUGCAGGUGUGGCAGUGUGGUGGACAGCUGGAGAUCCUCCCUUGUUCAAUUGUUGGUCAUGUUUUCCGCACUAAGAGCCCCCACACCUUCCCCAAGGGGACACAAGUGAUCGCUCGUAACCAGGUCCGACUGGCCGAGGUCUGGAUGGACGACUACAAAGAGAUCUUUUACCGUCGGAAUCAGCAGGCUGCACAAAUGGCAAAAGAUGUACGUCUGAAAUCCUGUGUUUCUAUUCUGGGAUCCUUCUUGAAGUAGAAAAUUUCUCUGCACCACUAUGUUUUCACUUGUCAUGGUCAUAUUUAGGUGGUUUUUAAGACCCCUAAUUAUCCCUUAACUCCACCCUUAAGACAUGUUUGCGCAAAUCCUACAGCUUACCCCUCGCCUUAUCAGUUAACAGGGGAAAACACAGAAUAACACAUACUCGGAGAGCUGUUGUAUUUUACUCAUAAAUACAAGAAUCAAUUUCAUUUGAGUGUGUUCUUUAAAACGCAGAGAGAUAGAUGAGCUGUUAAGGGCUGAAAGCUGUUAUCUGGGGCCCGAAGGAAGUCAGUACUGCUAAAUGACAGGCUCUCAGUGUUUCCCAACAUGUGGUCCCGAAGGUGCCAUAAACCGUUUCCCUCAGGGCGAUACCUCACAGAGCGGGGCCAGCGCCUCUCUCUGUCUCUCAGCUUCAAACAAACACUCUGUCGUCAACGGCUUUAAGGAAUCUGUCAGUGUGCAGCCGUGUGAGGAGCCUCCACAUCAUUUGAGUAAACGCUGUCAUUAUUCAGGAGCAGGAGGAGUCUGCAGAUCCUUGUUAACGUCCUGUUAAGUGUGUGUUUGUAAAGCUAUCAAAUGCUCGGCUAGAGUUGAUUGGUGUAAACAUAGAAGUCAUUAGAGCCACAUAACAGAGUCAGUGACUCCAGAGAAAUAAAUAGAAAUUAGUUUGAAAAUGAAAUGAAGUUCUAAAGAUCUGGAUAGAUAUCCUUCUUUUCUCAGAGAUGAGCUCUUUUUGUCGAUUUUUAAUUUGAUCAGCUGGAUGACAGAGUUAAGCAGUCUGUCUGUUUGCUAGUUUAGUUCAGACUAGAGCUGCAACUAUUUAUUGGUUACUCAGUCCAAAGAAAAUAAAUCCUUUUACUAAAAAUGCCAAACAUGAUCUGUUCCCAGCUUCUCAAAUGUGAAGAGUUGAUGUCUUUUUCCGUCAUGAAUAGUUUUGACGUGUUGGACAUUGUUCAGUUCCACUUUUACCCCAUAUUUUAAAGAUUAAAAUUAGAUUGUUCUAGAAAAAAAGAAAUAGAUCAAAAGUAAAUGAAUGGUUAGUGAAACUGCAUUUGUAGGCGGGGCUUACCUGUCUCAACAGUUAUUAGACAGGUUGUAAUGGCCUUUGGCACAUACAUACAUGAACUGCACACAAAGGAUUAGUCCAGAGGCCUUCAGUGGUGCAAUGAAGAUUCUGCUGCCACCAUCAAAAUAUUGAAACAUGAUUCAUAUCAGAAGAAUAAUAGACAUUAUGAACAGAUGUUCCCUUUGUGCAGAUUGUAUGUAUAUAAUAGUUCAAUAGUGCUUUUCAUCAGCUUCUAUUAUCUCUAUGUCCUGUACUGAAGUUUUAUGGGUAUUGCCUCUUUUUUUCUUAUUCAUUAUUCUAUUUUUAUGUUUUCUGUUUUAAACCAAAAUUACCAAGACAAGUGCUUUGUAUUUGUACUCCCACCUAAAGCUCUUGUGAAAAACUUUCAGUUUGUGCAAUUUUUGGCACCCCCCAAGAACCAAGCAGUCUGUGUUAAUUUUAUCAGCUACAUCCUGAAGUAGUGUGAUAAUAUUGUAUGCAGAGGAUAUAAACACAGGACUGUUUUUUUCACUUUUAUUCUUGACUACUACCCCCUCACAGCACUUUCAGACAUGCAAAAUGAUGACGCACAAGCUGUAGGCUGUGUUAAUGGUGGUCUUGUCUGCUUUUGGACAUCAUGAAAACGCAUUAAUAUGAUUUUCAGUCUAUUUCAUAAAUGCCCAAAUACUCCUCACAGGAGCUUUAAAAAGGUUCUGAUUUUAAAGCUCCUGUGAGGGCUCCCUGUUUGCUGAUCUUGUCCCGUAAAUGUGAGAGUGAAAUUUAUUAUAGUGAAAGAAAAGUCUUUGAGGUCUCUGAGUUUAUUACUUAAUGAAAAUAUUUGACUUUCUGUUGAGUAAUAAAUAAUAUUAAUUUCAGUCCGUCACAGUCAGUCAGAAACUCCCCAAAGGAGCUUUAAAAGCAGGUUGGAGUUUCACUUCUUUUUGCUGACAGUGCAGGAUUCAGAAGCGUCUCAGUGGUAAUAUGUCAUGCUGUUAUUUUAACAGAAAACCUUUGGAGAUAUCUCUAAACGUGUGGACCUCCGUGAACGUCUGCAGUGCAAGAGCUUCUCCUGGUACCUGAACAACGUUUAUCCUGAAGUCUUUUUGCCUGAUCUUAACCCACUUCAAUUUGGCUCGGUAAUAUCACACACACACAUACACACACAAACUCACACACACGCUCCUCCUUCCAAACCUCAGAGCUCGGUCUAGCCACUGAGGGUUUCCACUUGGGAUCUCCAGAGGGUACCGAGCUUUUCCAAUUUGACACUAGUGAAAGCACUCCUGAGACUGAAGUUGUUUGAACAGCUUGCACUGGAUGUUGGUUUUUCAUUUUGUUUCCUCUCACUGCUUUCCCCUUCCCUGCUCUUUCCCUAUAGGUAAAAAAUCUGGGCCGAGACUCAUGUCUGGACGCUGGAGAGAACAAUGAGGGCGGGAAACAGCUGAUUAUGUACCCAUGUCAUGGACUGGGAGGAAACCAGGUCAGAUAGAAAAUGAAGCUCUAACUCUGAUGGACAUAUCCAUGAUUCACCUCAAUGACAGUGGUUGAUGACUGAUAUUUUCUCUUUGCUUUGCUGUAGUAUUUUGAAUACUCCACACAUCAUGAGAUUAGACACAACAUUCAGAAGGAGCUGUGUUUGCAUGCCGUGGAGGGGGCUGUGAAGCUGGAGGAAUGCCAGUUUAGAGGCGGGAACUCAUUUGUGGGAGCGGAGCAGAAAUGGGAAUUUAAGGAUGUGAGUUUUUUGACUUUCUUUCCACUUCUAAGCCUUUAUUUUAUUUGAGUUAAAUCUUAAAGACAGUCAACAAUUUCUUCUCUUCAUAUAGAACAAGCUGUUCUACUUGCCAGCACGGCACUUGUGUCUAAGUGCCCGUCGUGAGUCUCCCACUGUGACCCUCUGCAACCCUGCAGACAGAUACCAGCACUGGACCUUCGUGUAAACGACUCCCACAAAAUACUCAGACAGGAGUUUACCACACUGCAAGAGGCUAACAUGCAGUUUCUUUUAGAUGAAUGACUCUGAGUUUUAAUUUAUUUUUUAUAAGUAGAAGAAGUUUGCUAAGAAGAUUGAACUCUGGGAGAAACAUCAGUGUGUGUCUGCGAGAGGAAAACACUGAAGUGAUGCAGCGAGACAAACUCUGAACCAGAGUCUCGGAAGAAGACACACUCUCUUGACAAGUGCCUCUUUAGUGCUCAGAUAUUUUCACUAUUCUAAAUCGUCACAACCAUUACGCCUGCUGUAGGUACAUGAAGCCAGCACUGAAUAACAUAGAAAUUUAAAACUAAGUUUGACAAACACACAGUCCAGUAAAUCACAUGAUUGAGGGGUUCAAGCUGGAGACACAAAAUUUUAUCACCAAAGAGACUAACAGAGAAAAAACCUGAAACAAACAAACAAACACGACUUAUGUGGAUUUGAACACCUUCUUACACACCUACUUAAACACCUUCCAGUGCCUUAGGCCUAAUUCAGUACUGAGUCAGUGGAGUGAUGGAGGGAUAAUUGAUUUUGAAAUGGGAAUCAAGUAAAAAACUGUCAAAUGCUAAGACAAAGAAACUUUGCAAUACUAAGAUUUUAUUUUGACCAGGCCCUCACUUUCUAGCUUUUCUGAAUCAUCUCACUGUCUAACACAGCAAGAAAUCAAGGUAAUGACAUUCAGCUUUUCUGUCUGGACCUGUUUUAGACCCGUAUUAAAUGAGUUGUAUUAUUACUUUUGAGAGUGUAGGCUGUGUUGGCUGUAAUUACUGGUGUCAUGCCCUACCUAUUUAUUAAUGAGGAUUAGCUUCCCAAUGCAACACAGUAGCUCCAAAGAGAGUAAAAGGUUUGAGCUGUACCUGCUUCAAUUGGAUUAAAAUAUGUGUGUAGAUAAUCAACCAGAUAAUCAUUUUUGCAGGACUGUAGCGAUGAGAAAAGUCAAGUAUAUGGUUUUAUAUUUGAUCUACUGUUAUGAAGAAGGAAUACAAGGAAUUAGCCUCCCUUUAAAUUUGCUGCAGUGUUCACCUGUGCUAUUGAAAUUCAAAGGUUUGGUGUCAUUUUCAUGUCACAUUACUUCAUGAAGGAACUCUGUUAUUCACAUCCCAAACUCAGCCUUUUUUCUCUGAACAUGAGUUGACAGAUGAAUUUCUGGUGCAGGCACUAGUGUUGAGACAGAUGUUAAAGUAUUGUAAAUUAACUGAGAGUGAGAAACGGUGUGAAUGUGUGUUUACCUGAAGAGGAAAUGCUGUGACAGCUUUGGUGGAAAGAGGUCUGGAUUUUAGCUCAAUAAAUUCAGUGGUACUGAGAGCAA